UAUAUGUUCUUUUUCUUAUGCGCAUUUACAUUUCCAUUUGCGUUGCGAGUUGUGACUGACUGUGUGCCCAGUCUCAUUCUUUUCUGCAUUCAAGUCUCUCUCUUCACCUAAAUCAACGAUCAAUUUCAAUUGAUAUCGACUUAUACCAUCUCGACUUCACGAAAGAAAUAACGUAUCAGAAUAUCGGCCUGCGUUUGCCUUGUCGCGUGUGAUAUCUGUUACAUCACGAUCGGGUCGAGUCGAACAAGAAUCGAAUUCUCCACAUCCAACCGCUUCGACAACUGUGUAUAUAGCGAAUACCGUUCAUGGUGGCAUAUUCUGAGCAUUCUCCGUCCUUUCAUAAACCGAGUCCAUAUACGGAGCCCCGGAGAAAAAUGGCGAAGUUUCGGGCAAGCAAUAUUUUAGGCGACCCAUUUGCGCUCGCGACCGUCUCCAUCUCGAUUCUUGCGUGGUUGAUCGCAUGUAUCGCAUCAAUCAUCUCGGAUAUUAAGACGGAUUAUCCCAAUUACUCGUGGUGGGCGGUCGCCUACAUGUUUUGUUGUAUUAUCGGUGUCACAAUUGUUUUUGGUUCGGAUACCGGUCUCGUCUAUGGGGUAGCGGUUGUGGGCUAUCUUUCAACAGGCUUAGUGCUGACCACUUUGGCGGUCAAUACUCUGGUCUACGCAGAUGAAUCCUCGUCGCAAGCCGCAGCUGCCGGAUUCAUCCUCUUGUCCAUGGUCAUUGUCGUGUGGAUAUUCUACUUUGGAUCGUCUCCUCAAGCUACGCAUCGCGGCUUUAUCGAUUCGUUCGCCCUCAACAAGGAAAGCAGCGGCGCGUACGGUAACCGACCCAUGUCUACGGCUUUUGGUCCUCGCCCAGACACAAUGUCGACAAGCGCACCCCAGAUGUACACUUCUGCCCAACUCAACGGCUUCGAAACGUCGUCUCCGGUGUCAGGUUAUCCUGGUGGUGCUCCCGGCUCGGAAAACCGCAGCUCGUCCCAGGCUCGGUUUGGCAACCCGUCUGCCAGCAACGUUGCUGGGAACAACAACGGUCAGGACGAAGUCCCGCAGCCAACAGAAUACCCGUACAAGGCAAAAGCGAUAUAUUCCUACGAUGCCAAUCCUGAAGAUGCCAACGAAAUUAGUUUCAGCAAACAUGAAAUCUUGGAAGUGUCGGAUGUCAGCGGCAGAUGGUGGCAGGCCAGAAAAUCCAACGGAGAGACCGGUAUUGCUCCAUCGAAUUACCUGAUUUUGCUGUGAUUCGGUUGGAGUGCACUUUUUUUCCUUUCUUGUUCUUCUGGUCAUUCCUACUUUUGUCGCCAUUCUGUCGCAAAAGCUUUCGUAUUUGAUACCCUUCGAG